CUUCUACCACUCAGGUUGGAGACACUUCCUUUGACUUGCCCGAAGCCAAUGUUCUGAUCCAGAUCUCCUCCCAUGGUGGAUCCCGCAGACAGGAGGCCCAGAGGCUGGGCAGAGUCUUACGAGCUAAGAAAGGAAUGGUAGCAGAGGAGUACAAUGCAUACUUCUACUCACUAGUGUCCCAGGACACCCAGGAGAUGGCUUACUCCACCAAGAGGCAGAGGUUCCUGGUGGACCAAGGUUACAGCUUUAAGGUGAUCACAAAGCUAGCAGGUAUGGAGGAGGAGGACCUGAUGUUCUCCUCCAAAGAGGAGCAGCAGCAACUUCUCCAGAAGGUCCUGGCUGCUUCAGACCUGGAUGCUGAGGAGGAGUUGGUGGCAGGGGAGCUGGGCGGACGACCACAGUUCUCAAGGCGAACCGGCACCAUGAGCUCCAUGUCGGGUGCAGAUGACACCGUCUACAUGGAAUAUCAGGGUCGAGGCAGCAAAUCCUUUUUAGGAAAGAACAUUCAUCCACUGUUCAAGCGCUUCAGAAAGUAGAUGCACUGACUUUAACCCUGAUGCCCAAAGACUGACUCAGUGUCAACAAAGCCAUAGGAUAAAGUUGGGUUGUAAUCAUGUUAACUGAGUCUCAGCACCAGGCUGUAAGCAGCAGGUUCACAUAAUUGUUGCAUAGUCCAGCCUUUUUGGAGAACAGAAUAAGUACUGUGUAUUACUUUUUUCUGGCAGAUGGUGAUGGUGGUUGAAGUGACUCAUACGUCUGGUUUAAAACACAGCAAAUGCAGCCUGCAUGGCUCUAUUUUUCUAUGUGAUACAUUUCAAAGUCUCAAAUACCUACAUGGGAAUUGCAGGUGAAAUGCAUUGCUAACUAUGUUCCAAAGUGUCAUUUUUUUUUUCUUUUUUUUGUUGCGUUUCACUGAUUUGGCCUUUAAGCCACAUUUCACAGCACUUGAAGGCUUUGACUUGCUGUUUGCAGUAGAUUUCAGCUGAAAAUGUCUGUGGAUAUAGGAUUAGUGGGCUGGGGAAUGACAGAUGUGAAGUCAGCGCUAAGUGAGAUGACCUGUGUCUUAUCCACUGUUUGUGUGCUUCACUGACAACAGACACUGAGGAGGAAAACUAUGGAUGUAUAUCGGACUUGUGUUUAUACAUUUUUUGUAAAUAUGGCUUUACCUUACUUGAAAAAGACAUUACAAAUGUUUAUUAAACAGUUCCUGAUGUUAGUGUU